GUAAAUCGAGCGUACCCCUGGAUAUUCCGGGCUGUGACGUAUGCACACCGUAAACUCAAAACGGUAGUCGCGGACGUCGAUGUUGUUGUUCGGGUCGAAGAGUCUGGGGGGCGACCGGCCGGUGCUUUGUUGCUAUUUCGGGGGGCUGUAAACUAUCGCUGGGUAGUGGCGAGCUAACAAGUUGUGUCCCGGAGUAGCUGAUGGAUGCGCGGGUGUCGGACUUGUUCGGCUCAGGAAAUGGACACGGCCCCGGACCCUCAGCCGUCGCCCCCAACGCCAGGCCGGCGAACGGCUACGGCGUAGCCCCCAAGAAGGCGAAGAGCCACAAGAAAUCGAAAGCUCGAUACUCGCGCAACUACAAACCGAGCAAGAACACCCCGUAUCUACCUCCGGAGGCUGAAGAGGGAAAUAUAGAGUACAAGCUGAAGUUGGUGAACCCCACGCAGUACCGCUUCGAGCACCUGGCAACACAAAUGAAAUGGCGACUGCAGGAGGGUCGAGGUGAAGCGGUGUAUCAAAUAGGAGUCGAGGAUAAUGGCAUGCUGGUGGGACUAUCGGAGGAAGACAUGAGGACAUCGCUGAAGACGCUCCACAGGCUGGCAGAGAAGGUUGGAGCUGACAUAGCUGUUCUUCGAGAGCAAGAUGUGGACUAUGACUCUGACGAGCCGCACAAGAUUGCGGAAGUUCUCAUUCGCAAGGUGCCAGAUGACCAGCAGUUCUUGGACCUGCGGGUGGCUGUACUUGGUAAUGUGGACUCGGGCAAGUCCACUCUCCUGGGUGUGUUGACACAGGGUGAGCUGGACAAUGGACGGGGAAGAUCGAGGCUCAACCUCUUCAGGCAUCUUCACGAGAUCCAGACUGGACGCACUUCAAGCAUCAGCUUUGAGAUCCUUGGCUUCAACAGUAAAGGAGAGGUUGUGAAUUACAGCGAGUCUCGGACGGCAGAGGAGAUUUGUGAGAGCGCCUCCAAAAUGAUCACGUUCAUCGAUCUCGCGGGUCACCACAAGUACCUGAAAACCACAAUUUUUGGCCUCACCAGCUACUGUCCAGAUUUUGCCAUGCUUGUCGUGGGGGCAAAUACUGGCAUUGCCGGAACGACGAGGGAGCAUCUCGGCCUCGCUAUGGCCCUGAAGGUGCCCAUCUUCAUUGUCGUCAGUAAGGUGGACCUGUGCACGCGGGCCACUGUGGAGCGCACAGUGCGGCAGCUGGAGCGCGUCCUGAAGCAGCCGGGCUGCAAUAAGGUGCCCAUGGUUAUCGGCAAUAAGGACGACGCCGUCACAGCAGCACAACAGUUCGCCCAGUCGCCCAACAUCACACCGAUCUUCACCUUGUCCAGUGUGUCUGGUGAGAGUCUAGACUUGCUCAAGGUCUUCUUCAACAUCAUCCCACCUCUCAGCAAUAGCAAGGAGCAGGAGGAGCUCAUGCAACAGCUAACAGAGUUUCAGGUGGAUGAGAUUUACACGGUGCCCGAGGUAGGGACUGUAGUGGGAGGUACCCUGUACAGUGGUAUUUGCCGCGAGGGAGAUCACCUGACAGUGGGGCCCACAGACUCGGGCCAGUUCCACGAGUUGACAGUCGGCAGCAUCCAGAGGAACCGCUCGGCGUGCAGGGUGCUCAGGGCGGGCCAGGCCGCCACACUCGCCCUCGGCGACUUCGACCGCUCACUUCUACGCAAGGGCAUGGUGAUGGUGAGUCCGGAGAUGGACCCCACCAUCUGCUGGAUGUUUGAGGCAGAGAUUGUGUUGCUCUUCCAUGCCAAGACCUUCCACAAGGGCUUCCAGGUGACCGUGCACAUUGGCAACGUGAGACAGACUGCCACUGUGGAAGCCGUGCAUGGCAAGGAGGAGCUGAGGACGGGGGAGAAAGCUGUGGUUCUCUUCAAGUUCAUCAAACACCCAGAGUAUCUGAAGGUGGGAGCCAAGGUGCUCUUCAGACAGGGCGUGACCAAAGGUAUCGGCCACAUCACCAAGUUGCAGCCCAUCGCCCAGUACAGGAUAUCGCAUAGCGAGGAUGAGGAAGCCUAAAGUUUUUCAGAAAACCAACAACAGAAAAAACACCGUCCCACUCCAAAAACAAAAGUGCUUUAUAACUGCCCUCCUGCUUUGUCCAAAGGCCUCUCUGCCCUGUUCUCUGCACACAAUUUUGUUUUUAUAAUCCAACCUUUACAAACCCUUGUUGUCGCCAUCUUCCUCGUUUGUCCUCUUCAGCCUUUUAAAUAACGGCUGCUUUCAGGUGCUAUCAGAGGAACCCCCUCAGUCACCUCCAUUACACGUUCACAGCAACUCCUACCAAAGACAUCAUGAGUGUCACAUAGUUGCAAGGCACAGAUCAAUAAGUGGCAACUCUGAAAAUGCUUCCUCACACCGUCACUGCAGUGCUGCCUUCACAGUCUGCAUGCACCAUCUAACACACUUAAAAAAAGAGCCACACACACAAUUGCAUUGAAAGAUAAAUGCCAGUGUUGAAACGCGUUCGGCAGGAUAUCGUUUACAAACUCAAGUUGUUGCAAGUGUGAGAUGCUCGGACAUUAAAGGUCCAGCGUGUUGGCUUCAGGGGGUUCUAUUGACAGAAACAGGAUUAUAAUCACAUGAAACUAGAAUUGUUGUGUUUUCGCUACUUUACACAACAACGAGCCCUUUAUGUCUCCAUCGGGAGUGUUAGAAACCUCCAUGUUGCUACAGUAGCCCAGACCGGAGAAACCAACAUCUAGCUGUGGAAAGAGAGUCUACGUUUCUAUGUUACCUGAAGGUAACAUGUCUCUCUACAAAUUUGGAAGUGUAGGGUGAGGUGGCGGGUUGAGUUGAUUGCACCCUCGCCACUUGAUGCCACUAAAGCCUGCACCCUGAACCUUCAAGGUGUAACUUGUGUCACUGUUGUCAUCUGCUUGUCCAUGUUACCAGCAUAGUGCCUGACUGUGUGUCACUGUGUUUUGAAUAAGAUCACACCCUUUUCUUAAUAACUGCUAAUGAACUAAUGUGAGAUGGUUGUAAGAGCAGCGAGAUGCAUUCGUUGGUCUUGAGACGCAUCUCGUCAAGUCGCAUUUUACCUUACCAGCCUCGCUUCUCGAGCUACGUUGCUGACAAAAGGCACUUUUACAAGGAGGGAAGCACAGCAUCGCGAGGUUCGCCAAGUAGAAGCUGAACCUGCCAAGCAUAUUCACAGUGACAAUCACGUCGUAACUAUCGUUUGUCUGUUAGAAUUGUGGUUUUUAUUAUUCACAAGUAAUGCCUCACGUGGUGCAAUGAGAUGUAAUGAUCUGGCUGCCCGUCAUUUAAGUGCUUCAGUUACUCAGGUCAAUGUUGAUGUUGUGUUAUUCCACUCUCACUGAAGUACUGCGGCAAGUGUGUCUGUUGCUAACCUGUUGGUGUGUGUGUGUGUCUGUGUACGGUGGGUGGGUGUAAGCGUUUGAUUACAAAUGUGAGGUUGCCUACUAGUGCAGCUUUGAGGUAACAGCAAUUAUAUUUGUGGAUGUCGUCUCUCCACUUAAGUUACUGAUGUCACUAACUUUGAAGGGGUUUAACACAGUGCCUAAUGGGGCUACCACCGUUGGAGUAGCCUUCCAUUACACCCCCAAAGUUGUACAGCUUAGUAAAAAAAAAAAGAAAAACAUCUACAGAAGUCGGUGCUACUAUUUAAAACAAGUUUUUUGUCUGGAAGAUGACUGAAAAUGAAAUUGCUACUCCGUUCGAGACUGUUGGCCUUACUGUCUGUAUCAUUGCAUAUACAUAGACGGUUGUCCUACUGACGUCAGCGACAGAGGACAACUGAAACGUGUGCCGCUUUGUUAAACCCGUAUUGUCGUUACGCACAACUUGUGUGCACUCAGAGAGGAAAACUGAAAAAGCGUGUCAACCAAACUAUGUUAUAGCCUUAAUGAAGAGUUGUCAGGUGUUUUAGUUUUUUUAAAGCAUCUGAGAUGUGUUUUUAUAGAUUUCUAGUAGUUCUCAAUUUUACAAUUUUCAGUAAACUUUUUCCACUGAUGCCGUCUUCUUAAUCUUCUCUUUGAGAAUCACUUUUGAGACCCGUUUUUCCAUAUAACAUAAAAGUUUAUAUUCUGAUCAUUAUUUGGGUGAAACGCAAUAUUUAUGUACAGAUCCAAUUUGUGUGUCCUAAUGUACAUGAAUAAAACUUAUUAUAUCUUCAGAAA